AUGAUCACAGAUGUGCAGCUCGCCAUCUUCACCAAAAUGCUGGGCUUGUCACUCUUCCUGCUUUUCGUUCUCUAUCACUAUGUGGCCAUCAACAAUCCCAAGAAGCAGGAAUGA